GGGGAGGGCUCCCUGGAGUUCGCCUGAGUGAAGAAGUGCGUCUGCGUGAUUUGUUUUCGUCUCCACACUUUUUGACGCAAGUCUUACACGAAAAACCAUCUUUCAUGAACGUCUUCACUCCCCCUUUUAAACUUCUCCUCACGCCGCUGCUGCGACGCAAACCUAAGUGGCGCCGUGCGAGUAGCAGCCGUGCAGGGAUGGUAGCGGACAGGAGCGGCUAUUAGGUAAACAGGGGUGGCGACAGGUAACCAGAGAAAACGGGACUCUCUCACGCCGUUCGCUUUCCAGCUGCCUUCGGCUGAAGGUGCGUCUACGGCCGCUUUUCUUCUGGUUUCUCCCCCCUUGCUUGCUUCCGUUGCCCUCACCGCCGGCCUGGAGUUUGGUGUUUACCUCGGCAGAAGAAAUCAUGACGGAGGAGAAAGCAAACGCAUCCAACGAGCUGUUCGAGAGCGUGCGGGAGGCGGUGGGCCGCAGGGUGAAGCUGACCCUGAGGCGCAAAAUCCAGCUGGAGGUUAAAGGUGACAAGGUGGAGAACAGAGUGCUGGCAUUGGCGUCACAUCGAGCCUAUCUGCUGACAGCACGGGUGCCUUCUAAGGUUGAGCAAUCUUUCAACUACUUGGACAUUCAGGGAAUAAGCAGCAACAAGCCCACUCAGCUGGUUUUAGAGCAUGAGCGCGGGCCCUGGAGCCUCCGGCUGGGCUCGGUGGAGGAGGUGGAUGACGUGAUCGCUCAGAUCGGCAGCUGUAUUCAGAGGAUCUGUCCUGCCAGCUCACCUGUGAAGUUGAUGAGGAAGUUGAAUUUGAAGCCUCCUGAGAGGUUAACGGGUCUCCAGGCCGUCUGGAACGAGCAGAGCUCAGCUGAUUUAGGACCCUGUGGUGGCUUUUCUCAUCAGUACUGGUGUGUGUGUGACAGCUUGGGUCUACCAUACAGAGAGGAGGUCCAGUGGGAUGUUGACACCAUCUAUUUAAGUCAGGACACUAGAGAACUGAACCUGCAGGACUUUGUUCAUCUGGAGAACAGGGAUCUUGUGGCCAUAAUUGCUGUUCUGGAAUACAACCAGUGGUUUACCAAGCUAUCAACCAAAGACUACAAACUGUCUACAGAUGUGUGUGACCAGAUUUUCCGAGUUGUGGCCCGAUCCAGUCGCCUAGAAGAACUGGUUCUGGACAAUGCUGGACUCAAAAGUGAUUUUGCACAGAAACUGGCAGGCGCUCUGUCACACAACCCGUCCUGCACGCUGCACACACUCAGUCUGAGCAACAACUCCCUGGAGGACAAAGGUGUUUAUGCUCUGAGUGUUCAGCUAGCCAAACUGCCCAUGGGGCUAAACCACCUGAACCUCUCAAAGACCUCCAUGUCUCCUAAAGGUGUGAACAGCCUCUGUCAGGCCCUGUGUGCCAAUCCUGUCAUCGCCUCCACCCUCACACAUUUGGACCUGUCCGGGAACUCCCUCAGAGGAGACGACCUGCAGAAUUUGCACAGUUUCCUGAGUCACCCAAACUGUCUCAAAACUCUGGAUCUGUCAAACAGUGACUGUUCCCUGGAGCUGGUGUGUACAUCUCUAUGCAAAGGAUCUUUGAAGCAUCUUGCUGUCCUUAACAUGUCAAAAACAGUCUUCUCUCACAGGAAGUGUAAAGAAAUCCCUCCGUCCUUUAAGCAGUUUUUCAGCAGCGCUCAGGCUCUGACUUCUGUCAGCCUCUCAGGAACCAGGCUGCCACUGGAGGCUCUGAAGUCGUUGUUGUUGGGCCUUGGUUGCAACCCAAACCUCAGCGAUGUCUCUCUGGAUCUCAGCAGCUGUGAGCUUCGUUCAGGGGGCUCGCAGAUUUUGGAGGGUUGCAUCGCAGAGAUCCCCAACAUUUCCAGUCUGGAUAUUUCAGACAACAGUUUGGACAUGGAUCUCACCACCCUUCUUGUGUGGCUGGCCAAGAACCGCUCCAUCAGACACCUAUCGUUGGGCAAAAACUUCAACAAUAUCAAAUCUAAAAAUGUUGCUCAGGUCCUGGAUAACCUGGUUCACAUGAUUCAAGAAGAAGAGACACCUUUGACUUCACUGUCCCUCGCUGAUUCCAAGCUGAAGGGCGACCUCUCCAUCAUCCUUAAUGCUCUCGGGAGCAACUCCUCCUUGAUCAAGCUGGACAUCAGUGGAAACUCCAUGGGAGACAUGGGAGCCAAGAUACUGGCCAAAGCCCUGCAGAUCAACACCAAGCUGAGGACCUUAAUGUGGGACAGAAACAACGUCAGCCCCCAGGGUUUACAGGAUGUAGCUGCAGCUUUGGAGAAGAACUACACAAUUCGAUUCAUGCCUGUUCCAAUCAUGGAUGCCGCUCAGGCACUGAAGGCCAAUCCAGAUAAGACGGAGGACGCCUUACUAAAGAUGGAGCAGUACCUGCUGAGGAACCACGAGACGCGUAAAUACCUCCAGGAGCAGGCGUACAGAUUGCAGCAGGGAAUAGUCACCACCACCACACAGCAGAUGAUGGACACGAUGUGCGUGAGGGUCCAGGAUCACCUGAACUCUCUGAGGUUCUCAGAGGCCAACUCUGUUCAGGAAGACAUGAAGCUGGCAGAAAACCUCAUGAAGGACGCAAAGAACUCUAAAACUCUGCUCCCCAACCUGUAUCACUUGAAGAGUCGGGAAUCCAGAGUGGCGUUUGUCGCAGCCAUCCAGGAUAAACUGGAGUCAAUGGCUGGUGAGGUGGCGAGCGUGAUGGACGAGCAACUGCAGACGAUGCUGGUGUCUAUGGUUGACGCUGCGGAAGGGCUUUGUCCUCAUGUGAUGAAGAGGAGCGGCCUUCGUCAAGAGCUGCUCAAGGCUGGUUUAGGGAGGAUGACCGUCCCUCGCAGCUUCGUCACCAACACACUCCUGGAACAGUCUGGUGUGGACAUCAUCAACAAAAUCAGUGAAGUGAAGCUCGGUGUGGCGUCCAUUCUGUCUGAUCGCAUUGUUGAUGAGAUCCUGGAGUCGCUAUCAAGUUCCCAACACGUACUGGCCGACCACCUGAUCAGAAAGGAGCAUCCUCUGUUACGACACGAACCCCAGAUGGAGCUAGAAGUCGUGGACGAGACGGUUCUACAGCCAGAGAACCACGAGCACAGUCAGAAACAGGAUCAAGAUAAGAAACCCAGAGUCAACGAUGUGGACCCCUGCAUGAUGACGCCUAAAUCCAAGAGGAAAAGCAUCCUCGUCAGAAUGCUGCGGCCUAUUUCUGUGGCAUUCGAGAUGGAGUUUGACUUGGACAAAGCUCUUGAGGAGGUCCCGAUCCACGUUGAGGACCCACCUCUCCCUUCUCCUCCUCCACAAGCAUCAGACAGGAUGUCGUAUUGCGGGGACAUGCCUCCCCCUCCCACUCCCUCAGACGGGAACUCGGUGUAUUUGGGAGAGCUGCCACCGCUGGAGCACAAAACCCUGGAAAAUUGCACCAAAUCCCGACCAAAGCCAAAGAAGAGAACAAAACCCAGCAGAGCGCCACGACAGGCCGCUAAGAGCUCAGCGCCACAUGAAGCAGAGCAGAAUAACCCGAUGGGAAACCUGGAUGAGGGUCUGGAUGACUUCUUCUCCAGGACCGUUGUUAAACUCAGCUUUAGACUUCCUUCGAUAAAAAGUCCUUCAAUAGCCACGCCCGAAUCAGGAGACAAAAAACGGGAAUCCAGGAAGAGUGGCUUCUUUAACCUCAUCAAAGCCAAAGCUACCCGCUCUGACAAGAGCCACGGGGCUUCCUCCGUUUCACCCCCUCCGCCAGCGCACCGCAACGCCGCCACGCCCGCUUCCACCACCAGCCCAGUGACUGAGGAGGCUCCACCUACAUCUCCAACGCUACCCGCAAAAUCUCCAGCUGUGCCAGAGCACCAUCAGGAGGCCCACAGGACGCAGACCCUGAACCACACCGAGCCUGAGACGGAGGCGCCUCUGAUUGUGACUGAGCCUGCAGAGGAGCAGAAAGACGUCCCAAAGAUGGAAAAUAAGGAGAACCCGGAGAAGAAAGAAAGCCCUCCAAAAAAGGAGAACACAGAAAAGAAGGAGAACCCAUACAUGCACCGCCACAUUGGUGUUCCUGUGAUGGGAAAGGAUCUGCUGGCUGAGAUGAAGGCUAGGCAAGAACGAACGAGGCAGGACAAAAUGGCCGAAAAGAAGUCCGAUUCACCUUCAGUCCCGGACAAAGUGGACCCAGAAAAACAAAAGUCAGACGUCCAUCCCGCGGUCUCCUCAGACCCCGAGGACUCCAAACCUGAGCCGAUUCCCAGGUCCAAACCCCCGAGCGUCACCCCUAAACCAGUCCCACCCCACGCUGCUAAAGCCCCGCUGGUUUCUCGCACAUCGGGGCCCCUGAGUCCAACCAGUCCCAGGCCAUGCAGCAUAGCCGUCCCUGAUGAUGCUGUAGAGGCUCCGGCUGGCAGUUUGUCUCCCAAAGCGCCACUUCCUGCUCCCCGUCUGAAGAGGGCACGGUCGGAGCAAGACCGAGAGAGCACAAGCAGCAGCUCUGCAGGACUCCUGUCUCCACUGGAGGGUGAGUUUCCUGCAGAUGGGGACACUUUCGACCAGCCCAGCGUCACAGGUGCAGACUCUGGCGCCAGCAGCCGACAGUGGUCAUCUCUGAAGCGCUCGUCCAGUCUGCCGCCUACCAUCGAGGAAGAACGCGAGCGCACCAAGUCCCUCCCGAGCUACGUGAGGCUCCCAUCUCAGACAGACACAGAUCUAAGUCCAGCUGACAGCGAGAGUUCGGCUUUGAGCUCUGACCUCAAGUCUGACAACAAAUCUGAGGACGAGUCCGGGGACGACGCUCCUUCGAUGUGAUUCCAGCAAGAUUUCGGCCUUUUUUAGAUCUCGUUCCUCUAGUCUUUCAGCACAAGACAGAACAAAACAUGUAUGGCAUCAGUCACAUACAUGCAGGGUUUUCAUUUCUGUUUCAUUUUAAAGUUUUAGAACAGCACAUGGCAAAGAAAACUGUGAUAUUUUUUUACAAACUCGUACGUUAUCCAUUACCUUGACAGCUAAAAGCUAUAUUAGUUUUAAAAAGACCUUCUAGCCAGGUUUUACCUGGUGCACAGAACCAGUUUAUAGAAACAUUGCAUUGAAAAGCUCCUCUAACCCAAAGUACUGAGAAAAAAUAGAUCCGAAACAUAUUUUGAACAUAUAAAAAGCAAUUUUGAGCGUUCUCCAUCAUGUAACAAACCAUUCAUCCUGUUAAAACAGAUGAAUUGAAAGAAAAUGAAAAGAUUUUGUUACAGAGAUUAUCAAAACUCCACAUUUUGUAUUUUUGUAAUUUAAAUAACACCCUUCAACUCCAAGAUGACUACUGUUGCAUGUUGUCCUCAACUUUGGUCUUGGCAGUGAAACAUUGGGAUAUUCCAGAAUCUCUAGCUGUGUGUUCAUGGGAUUUAUUUCUAGAGAUUAUUUUUUCUGAUUACUUCUGCAUAUGAUCCCCACACAUAGACUUAAUAAUUCUGUGCCGGUACAUUAUGUUAUCAAUCACCCAGGUUCUUGCAUUUUUAGUUUUGUUGAGUCUUUGGGCUUAUAUAAACCAAAAUGCAAUGUCUGUCUUUUACCUUUGGGAUGGACUAUUUUUCUAUUCAUAAUCUAUUCUUGGAUGAAACUCUUAGAGUUUUAUCUGGGCAUGAAAUCAUGUCAAACUGUAACGUUUCGUUUAUAUCAUUGCAACACUGACCUUCCUGCUGACACAAGUUCACAAAUGUUUCCUAUGAAAAAAAAAACAUGGGAUCAAAUGUAAAAGUUAGUUGUUUUUUUUAUCAACACUGCUGCUUUGUCCUCACAAUAAAAUUCAUUGUUAUGACUUACAUCCUAAUGACUUACUGCUGCACUUAUCUAUGUAUCAUACUUCUAUGUAAAUAUGUAUUAAUGUUUGUUUGGGGUUUCUGUUUAGUGAAUAUAUAUGUUUAUUGUUUUAGGUUAUGUUAACGUGAACAAUUAUUGAUGCAACUUGGUGAUGGUUUUAAUUUUACUGGGAGAUUAUAUAUUACAGGGAUUCUUGUUUAUAAUUUCUGUUUAAAAUGGAUUUUAAUGGUUAUGUAAAUUGUUGCAUUAGCCUGGAAAUGUGACUUCAAACUGUCAGAUGUUUGUCUUUGUAUUUCUUUAGUUUUUGUUUCUAUCAAUAAAAUGAGUUGUUGGUCACAUUCCACUCCCUCUCUCCUCA